UCUUUCUACCUUUUUGUUUGUUGUGAAAAAUAUUGCUUAUCUUUUCUAAACCGAAAGUUGGUCCUUUCAUGCACGUAAUUGGGAGCCCUUGAAAAAUUGAAAGUUCUAAUUCAGAGUCGUUUGUACACGAGCCUGUUCUUUACGCAUCCAACUGAAAACGGUUUUAUUGUACGAGACAAUCCUCCACUGUGGACUUUUGUUGACGUCAUAUUGUUGUCAAUGAGUUCAGUUGUUCAAAGCUCUUCUCUGAAGAUUCAGCCACUGACUGCACCUCAUCUAGCUAUCAGUGUGGGAUAAUAAUUAUUAUAACAGUCCUGUAACAACAUGGUUUCGAGACUACCUGACCUGUGCUGGAUAAUACAACUCUUCGUUUGAAUAGUGCGAUGGAUGUAAUUGCCGAUCGUAGUCUUGCUAGAUGCACUGAAAAGCCAACAGGGGCCGUUAAUGGCAUGCAUUCAGGACAGAAACUUGCGCAGAAGAAAUUCUUGAACUACAUUUUAGAGGAUUUUGAUAUUUCAACAGUUAUAGGUUCUGGCACGUUUGCCCGCGUUUUUCUCGCGCAAGACACAAAAGACCAUGCGUAUUACGCUUUGAAAGUUAUGAAAAUAAAAGCUAUGAUUAAAAUGAAUCAAGUACAACAUGUGAAUAAUGAACGGAGAAUCAUGAUGGAAUGCGAUUGUCCUUUCAUAGCAAAAUGUUUCUGGUCAUGCCGCUCAAAUUCCUGCAUCUUUAUGUUAUUCGAAUACCUACCAGGCGGAGAACUUUUCACAUUUUUGAGAAAUAAAGUGAAAUUCAAACCGGCAGAUGCAAAAUUUUACGCGGCAGAGACUACGCUUGCUUUAGAGUAUCUACACGAAAAGGACAUUGUUUAUAGGGACUUAAAACCUGAAAAUAUUUUGCUGGAUCAUGAAGGCCAUGUCAAACUAACGGACUUUGGAUUUGCUAAAGAGCUAACUGAUAUGACUUGGACACUGUGUGGCACCCCAGAAUACAUUGCACCAGAAGUUAUUCAAAAUAAAGGACAUAGUUUUUCUGUUGAUUGGUGGGCAUUAGGAAUCCUUAUUUUCGAAAUGCUUGCUGGGAUCCCACCAUUCACGGAUGAAAGUCAAUUUGGAACGUACGAAAAGAUAUUAGAAGGGCACAUCAUUUGGCCUAAAGCCUUAGAGGACCAAUUAGAGCAGGAUUUGAUUUCAAAGCUGCUAGUUCCAGACAGGACAGCUAGGCUUGGGGGAGCCAAGGGCGGGGCCGAGGAAAUAAAAGGUCAUAGCUGGUUCAGUGAUGUCAUUUGGUCAGAUGUUUUCAAUAGAAGAGUUAAACCUCCAAUUUUGCCAAAAGUGGCACAUCCAGGCGACACUAGUAACUUUGAUGACUACAGUGACGAUGAAUGGGCGGAGGAUGCUCCGGAAGCUUCAAAGCAAGAUAUAGACCUGUUUCAAGGUUUCUCUUUCGCCUCGUCGAUACAAUGAAGAGCAUUCAUUUGCAGAUUAGUAUCUCGUUUAUUCUAACGUGGGAAAUGCAUGAACAAAUGAACUGUGCGCAUUUCCUAUCUGAAAGACGUCGAGAUCAUUCAAUGAGUCUAUUUCAAAAUACAAGAAGAACUAUCGAAUGGACGUUAAGCGACCGACUGCUUUCGGUGUAAAGCCUGAACAUUUGGUUAAUGAAUUCUUAUAGCUAUAUCAAUCAUAUAGCUUAUAAAGUUCUUUGUGUUCCUUUGGUAAAGGGUGUCUCUCUUUGCAUGACAAAUUAUAGUGGAAAAACUAUAAUUUGUCAGUGUAAAAAAUAUAUGUGUUAGGGUUGAAAGCUCCAUAAAUCUGGAAAUUGCGAAACAAUAAUACUUCAGCUAGAGUCUGGAUAAACAUUUUAGUCCGGCAGAAAAUCAACAUGUCACGCCACCCGAGUCUAAGAACCACUCAAGUCCAGGGGCGUAGUGCUAGGGGAGCCCCUUGUUGAUGCCGAAAAGUAGCCAUUUUCUACUAUUGCCAUUGUUUUUGCAGCAAUUUUCAGAAGAGCUCCCCUUGUUAUUUUGAUAGCACUACACCCCUGCCCCAGUCUAAGAAGAUUUAAAUUUGUGAUUGGCCAGACAUCUUGCAUUCUCUCCCACACUCUCUCGAUCGCAUCCUCUCUCAAACUCUCCCACAAGUAAAAUAAUGCCUAAUUGUAGAAGAUCCUCAAGGAUCCAACGUAACAAUACUAGCAAAUGCCCUUGAAACAAGAUAAAGUGUGAGGAAAAUAACAUCUAGGUUCAAGCUCUUCCAAUAUUGUUUAUUGUAGAAGUAAAGCAGUCGAAGUUUUCUAAAGCAUUAACACUUUUGACGAAAAGCUUUUUGUUACAUAUGUAAUAUAACGUUUUGCUCCACACAAAUCAAAGAAGUAUUAAUGCAUAG